ACUUUCUAGCAUUGCGAUAAAGUUUCUAUACAACAAUUCUUUAUCCGCCAUUUUGCAUCGCUCUAUAUUUCGUAGUUAAAUUUAAAAAACUCGUUUUGUCUUACGGUAAAUAUGACAACUAGUAAUCUCGAUCGAAUAAUUGAAGAAUUAAGAAAUUGUGAAGCUGUUAAGGAAAGUGACGUUAAAUUACUUUGUUCAAAAGCCCGUGAAAUUUUAGCAGAAGAAAGCAACGUGCAGCGCGUCGAUUCACCGGUAACAGUAUGCGGUGAUAUUCACGGACAAUUCUAUGAUUUAAAAGAACUAUUUAAAGUGGGAGGAGAUGUUCCAGACACAAACUAUUUAUUCCUUGGAGAUUUUGUCGAUAGAGGCUAUUAUUCAGUAGAAACAUUUUUAUUGUUACUGGCUUUAAAAGUUCGAUAUCCAGACCGAAUUACACUAAUUAGAGGGAAUCACGAAAGUCGUCAAAUCACACAGGUAUAUGGUUUUUAUGAUGAAUGUGUUAGAAAAUAUGGUUCGAUCACUGUUUGGAGGUACUGUACGGAGGUAUUUGACUACCUUGCUCUGGCAGCUAUAAUAGAUGGGAAAAUAUUUUGUGUGCACGGAGGAUUAUCACCUUCAAUUCAAACAAUCGAUCAAAUUCGCUUGCUCGACCGUAAAGUAGAAGUUCCACACGACGGACCCAUGUGUGAUUUACUCUGGUCUGACCCGGAAGAUACUCAAGGGUGGGGAAUGAGCCCCAGAGGAGCUGGUUACCUCUUCGGCUCAGAUAUAGUUGAGCAAUUCAACAAAGCAAAUUCUAUUCAAAUGAUAUGCAGAGCUCACCAAUUGGUGAUGGAGGGUUAUCGUUAUCACUUCAAUCAAGCUGUUUUAACGGUUUGGUCAGCCCCAAAUUAUUGUUAUAGAUGCGGAAAUGUCGCAGCCAUUUUGGACUUGGACGAAAAUUUGAAACAAGAUUUUAACAUUUUUGAAGCUGCUCCCCAAGAACAUCGAGGCCCCUUACCUGCUAAAAAACCACAACCAGAUUACUUUUUGUAA